UUGCAUCUUCAUUUUCCUAAAAUCUUUAGAUUGAUGUGUCUGUCCAGUAUGCAUUUGCCUACUGAUAUAUUCCUGCCUUCACUCCCAUAUCUGCCCAGUGCGAGUGGCAUUGUAUUUAGGAUAGAUACGCUUCUUGACGUCUCGUUUAGUGAUCACGUCGAAGGGGAGGGUAUUAUUACCGAACGGAAUGCUCAUGCAUGUGACGAAGGCGUUAUGACCGGGAGGAGAAAAAAGCGCUUGCCAAUGGCGCUCACAAGCGGCAGUUGGCUAAUUGUCAGAGAGGUAUAUCAAUGGCCUCCGACCAUACUGCACUGGUAAAUAGAUGAAAGAAGGUUUGAAGAGCCGUCUCAUGCCUGGCAAAGGGUCAUCGAGGCGCGAACGUAAGAAAUUCUCUUUUAUCCGAGUAUGCCAACUAAUUCGAUUUUCAGCGACAGUACAGUCGGAGGCGUAG